AUGUGUGAGCUGCCCUCAGCGGGCCGCCGGCGGCAGCAGCGGCAGCGGCGUGGGGCGGACCGUGGGAUGUCCAGCAUGUGUGGCAGCAAACCCAACGUGUUCCCAUACCACACUGUGAUGGAUAAGAUUGAUCAUUAUUCAUUUUUUUGUGGAUCUGUAUGUUUGUGUAUAUCUCAGAUGGAGAUGUCAGGGCCUGUUGGAGGUAUAGUGGCGACUGGCCAGCGCCAGCGCUCCGGUACAGUGAAGAGGAGGAGGUGGGGGGGCUUAAGGCAGCAGUGGAAGCUCCUGGGCUUGUUUGAGAUCGAUCAGCAGCAUGAGUUUUACAGCCUGACCUGCAUGAUGAAGGAGGGCUUGGCAGCAGCCGUCCAGAACUCGAUCGACAACCCACCCACAAAUGAACUAUCAGAUGAUGAUUUCAGACUGGAGGUCACUCAGAUCCAUAAGGAUUUCACCAUGGAGACGUUUGCAGGCCCCGUGUUUGCCAGGCUGCGCAGCUCUUUAGGAAUUACAGAGCCCGAGUACCAGCAGUCGCUCUGCUCUGAAAACUGCUACCUACAAUUUAUCAGCAACUCCAAGAGCAAGGCAGAUUUCUUUCUAACGAAUGAUAAGCGCUUCUUCUUGAAGACCCAGAACAAAAGAGAGAUCAAAUUCCUUCUUGUCAACUUGAAAAUCUACAUGGAACAUCUAAGGAAAUAUCCACAUUCACUCCUUGUCAAGUUCUUAGGUGUUCACAGGAUCAAAAUCCCCCACAGACGGAAGAAAUACUUUAUUGUCAUGCAAAGUGUUUUUUAUCCAGAUGAUCGAAUCAACGCCAGGUAUGACAUUAAGGGCUGUGAGGUGAGCCGCUGGACAGAUCCCGCCCCAGUGGGGAGUCAGGUCAUUGUGGUUCUCAAAGACCUCAACUUUGAGGGCCAGUACAUCACUCUGGACCAGCAGCGUCCGUGGCUCCUGCGACAGGUGGAGAUCGACACACACUUCCUCCAGAGGUUGAAUGUGCUGGACUACAGUCUCCUGCUGGCACAUCAGCCCUUACACCAUGAUGAGCGCCACCCGUGCCUCUCCUUCGCCACUUUAAUCAUGAGAGCUAAAAAAUCUGUGAACCCAGGCUCCAGCCCAGUCCAAGCAGGCAAAGCCGCUGUCCCUGGGGCAGUUCCUGAGGACGACUCCUCCUUAUUGCUGUCAGAAAAUGACGGCUGCUGUCUGAGGCAGCCGGAGGCAGGAGGUGCACCAAGCAGCAGCCUUCUUCAAUCCCUCCCGGAGCAUGCAGGGAGAGACAGCGAAUCCACAGAGCUUCAGGACUUCAGGGCGCAAAACCGACGUCUACUGCCCAACUUCAAGAACCCUCUGCACGUCAUUGAUGGGCCUGAACAUCGCUACUUCAUUGGCAUCAUUGACAUCUUCACUGUGUACAGUUUGAAGAAGAGGCUGGAGCAUUUGUGGAAGAGGCUGAGACAUCCGGGUCGGACCUUUUCCACCGUCAGUCCUGCAGCUUACUGCCUUCGGCUCUGUCAGUGGGUAGAGGACCACACAAAGUAG